GGGGACGUUGGCUCCCACGGCUUCACAGGGGUUUUAGGACCGAUAUCCACCCUCCAACAGACGACGCUAGGGACCAACCGCCGUCGUCAUGGCGAAGCUGGAAGCUGGCCACGCGGGAUUCGAAGCUCCGGUGAUCGGGAACAUCAGACGAGGGAAGUGUCGCCCGGUAACUUCCAGCAUGGGCUGCGUUGGAAACUCUUCCUCCUGACUUGACGAAUACAAUCGCCACUCGUGCAUUGAACCGGACGCCGCUGCAGAAAUGGGUUCGUCGUCGCGUCGCGUGGUUGACAAGCCAUCGUCGUCGUCUUCGUCGUCAACCGAAGAGACGCCUCUUCUCUCGGAACCACCGAAUAUCCCCCAGAAUGGAGAGAUGGCCAUCGCGAGGGCCUCGACCGAGGACUCUGACGUUGAAGCCCCAAAGCCACAGCCUGUGUCCUGGGCAUCCAUACCUCGAAAGGGCCAGCUGGCCAUCAUGGUCUUUGCACGAUUGGCCGAACCAUUGAGCGAGCGGUCGCUUACAUCGUACCUCUUCUAUCAGCUGAGGUGGCUCGAUCCAGCCCUGAAUGACUCGGAAAUCGCCAAGCGCGCCGGCUAUCUCACUGCUGUCUUUGCGGCUGCGCAGUGCCUCACGUCCAUGUGGUGGGGGCACGCCGCCGACAGUCCUCUCUUCGGCCGGAAACGCGUCUUGCUCAUCGGCCUCGUAGGCACGACCAUGUCUGCGAUUGGCAUGGGAUUCUCGACGUCCAUCUACUUUGUCUUCUUCUUCCGGUUUCUGGCUGGUGCGCUCAAUGGUAACAUCGGUGUGCUUAGAACCAUGGUGUCGGAGGUCAUUCUCGACAAACGAUAUCAAUCCCGCGCCUUUCUCCUCCUGCCAAUGUGCUUCAACGUCGGCGCCAUCAUCGGACCUCUCCUGAGCGGCUUCCUCGCGGAGCCUGUUACAUCGCUCCCUGGCAUUUUCGGACCUGGGUCUUUCUUUGGCGGCAAAGACGGCGUGGAAUGGAUGGCCAAAUUUCCUUAUGCGCUCCCCAACUUGUUCUCUGCUCUAAUCCUCAUCACCGCGGCCCUGGGUAUUAUCCUAGGACUUGACGAAACACAUCCGGUAUUGCGGCACAAGCCAGACCGUGGUCGACAACUUGGCAAAAUGCUCACGCAGAAGAUAUUGAGGAAGCGCGUAUCCGAUUAUUCCUAUGACCCACUUCAGAACGAGCUUGACGAUGAUGCGACCAUCUCAGUUCCAAUGGACGAUGAAGCCGAACAGACGCGACCCCAGAGAGACCAAAUCAAGGAGCGGCCAGCAUUCAGAUCGAUAUUUACGAGGAAUGUGUGCAUCACACUGCUUCAAUCGUUCCUGCAGUCUCUCCACGUCUCGGCAUUCAAUUCGGUCUUCUUCGUCCUCCUGCCAACACCAAGAGCAGACAACUCGAACGCCAGCUUGCCGUUCCGCUUCGCUGGUGGACUUGGACUUUCUAGCCAGAAGAUCGGCUUCGCGAAUACGAUUAUCGGCACCGUUGGGAUCCCUCUGCAGCUGUUUGUCUAUCCCCGAAUCAACGAUCGGCUCGGAGUUCUCGCGUCGUACCGUGCUUUCCUCCCGCUCAGCAUUGUGGCAUACUUCGUGUUGCCGUACCUUGUUCUGCUUCCAACGAAGGCUGCCGUUGUUUGGUCAUGCCUCACAGUUGUUUUGUCGAUCCAUGUUAUUUCUCGAGUCUUUUGUGGGCCAGCAACAAUGAUCUUGGUGAACGAGUCAGCACCAUCUCCUACACUGCUCGGCACAGUUCACGGGUUUGCUUCAAGCACCUCCAGCGCUGCUCGUAUCAUGGGACCGACUAUCGGUGGUUCAGUUCUCGGCUGGGGAUUAGAGCACAACUAUGUUGGAAUGCCGUUGUGGGGUAUGGCAAUUGUUGCCAUGGUAAAUUGGGUACUUCUGCUGUGGAUCAAGGAUGUGGAUAUGUUUCGUUGAUUAAGUGCGAUGGACAACAACCAAUAUUUAGACAUGCAUUGCAAAGUUCCUGUUUGAGUAGUGUUGGAGCGGCAUGUCAAAUGUACAGAAUACGUGGCAAAGUACUAUAAUAUGCAUCUUACCUAGUUGAAGUCA